GGUUUGCUCUCGUGAACCAGAAGUGUUCUGUGAUUGGUCAGAACAAAGCAGCAGCUAAGCGGGUCAGACCAACAUGGAAACGUCGUCUUCUGUUUUUUGCUCCAAUUUAACCACUUAUAUUGACGAGUGGCGGCUGUCGUGAGUCAAGCACUCUCAGCUUUGUAAUAAACCCGUCAUAUAAUCGUGAUUUCAGUCCUCAAUGAGCGCGCGUGUUAGCAGUGUGAGCUAACUCCUGGUUGAGACGCUUAGCUUGUUUACAGCUAAGAGGAGUGAAAGCAGCAUGAACUACCCACCAACCAAGCGGCUGAGAGGGCUUAACCAUGAGGUUCCAAAGUUAGAUGCCUUUGAUGACUCAUUUGGAGAUGAUGGGGACUUCACUCAGGAUGACUUGGAUGAGAUUGAUAUUAUCGCUUCCCAAGCCUUUACUUCGUCAUCUGUCAAUGGUGUUGGGUCUAAGCCAGGAAUGAAUGGAGGAGACCCCGGUUUAGGCUUUGUUCACCAUGGUGGACCCAGUAAAUCGGUGGGCAGAGAUAAUAUGGGUGUGUUCUCUGGCAAUAAGAGAAACACUGAGUUGGCCGGCCAAGCACCGGGUAACAGGCAGCAUCAGAGCAGCACAGGCAAAGAAGACUCUUACAGCCUGGUGGAGGCUGAUCACGCGGGUCUGAAGAGAAAGCUGAAAGAGGUGGAGGAUGAGAUCAUAUUGAAGAGCGGGGAGAUCCGCGUACUGAGGGAUUCUCUUAAGGCAGCUCAGCAGGAGAAAGAAACACAGAGACAGAACCAUGAGGUUUUGGAAAAACAGAGACAAAAGGAGCAGAACGACAAGGAAAAGGAGCUGAACCGGAAGGUUCAAUCUCUGAAGUCUGAGCUGCAAUUCAAAGAUGCAGAGAUCAAUGAGAUGAGGACAAAACUUCACAGUACGGACAAAAUGAAAACUGCUUCACUUCUCAGGAACAGCCCAAAAGUGACCACCACGCACCACGGGAGUGGAAGCAGCUCGUCUUCACCGUCGAGCCACAGUUUCAUCACCAAAGAGACGUUUGGAGCUGAGGUGCCCUCUAGAACAGCUCCGGGUAAAUCUAUUGGCAAGAGACUGAGAGAUGAUAAAAUUGUUUCCAGCAGCAAGUCCUGUGAGAAAGUAGACAUUUCCCGCUCAGACCCGUUUUUGUCCAUCAGACCAGCCAAUCGGCAGCCCAGAGGUAGUGUUUUGCUGGGAUUGAUGCUGCAGCAGCCUCUAUUGCCAAGCAGUCUUUGCCUCUCUCAUCUGCUGUCAACCAACAUGGCCGACAUCAGCUUGUCUCUUGGCAGACAUUUGGUCAGCCCUUGUCUUCACCCUGUUGCCUUACAUCCCCGUGCCAUGGGUGCUGGAGCUUCCAGGUCAGCUCUGAGUCCGGUCCAAAGUCUGGCUGUAACAGGACUGAUGAUGCUGAGUCACAGUCGAGUGCCCACAGGAGCCAGCAGCAGAAACCAGAGGUUGUGUCCCGGAGCUGUGCACUUCCUUCCUUUGUUGGACCUCCACCUGACGCGGUUGUGUCGAACUAUGGACUCCCCCACUGCAGUCGGCUCACGCUCCACCACUGCUGGCUGUAGUUCUGCUGCUGGACUGGAUGGGUCGUACGAUUGUGGUGCAGUGUGUUUUAGUGUGGAAGAGGCUGGUCUGGCCGCUCUGAGGCUCCUCUACCUGCUUCUGGCUCAUAGUGAUGAGGUUGUAGAAUGUGUGUUGACAAAGCGGAACUCCGUGCCAGACAGACACAAGACGGAGACCACCGCUGGAGACCUGAAUCUAAACUCCCAGAAUGCUCUGCUCCAGUCUGUUCUGCAGCUGUGUGACGUUGGUGGCAGCAGCUCCAGGCAGGAGGACCUUGUCUCGUCUGCCUUGAGGAUUCUGUCUGUUCUGCUCAAGCGAACUCCACCAAGACUGAAUGACCGGCUGGUGUGUGUGUUACCGGUGGUGUAUGCAUGUGUGUCAGUAGACGCAAAGCCACGCACAGUUUCCGAGUUUGUGUCUGUUCUCACGGCCAUGUCUGACCACCCGCCUCUGGCUCUGCAGCUCUGCUCUCGACAUGAUCCGUGUGUGUUCUUGAAAUUGUUCCAGUUUGUCAGGAAGAGACGGCCAGAUCAGACUCUGCAGGCAGAGCUAAUUCAACUGGACCUGCAGAUGAUUCAGUUGUUGAGCAGUCUCACUCGGACAUCAGAGAGCUGGAUCAGAGACAGCAGCUGCCAGUGCCACGCCGAGCUGGUUCAGACGGUCGUGAUCGUUUUCCACCGUCAGUGGCUUGACCUUCGAGGUUCAACAGAGUACUCAGGUGGUCACUCUGACGCUGGUCCACUCUGGUGGAAAGCUUCAGCGGUGUCUCUGCUGAGAGAAUGUCUGCUGCUGCUGCACUGGCUGCUCCUGCACCACAGUAGCUUCUCUGACAGCUGUAGAUCACUCCUCCACAUGUAUGAUCAGGUCAUCCCCGCAGUCAGGGACACCCUGAGGAAGAUCCCAGACCUGAGCGAGAGUGAAGAACUUGCGUUGGAAGAAGUCUGCCGCUCAGAGGCAGAUGAUGCAGACGACGCUGAGGAAGAAAUGGACACUGGAUCUGCUUAAAGGACGUGGAUGGAACACCUGUUUAUCAUUGCAGAGAAACUUGGAAAAACUCAAUGAAGUCACCAUACUUACUUCUGUCUACUACUUUGUAGUUUGUUUUUUUUUUGCUCAAUGUUUUUUUAAAAUUCUCCACCGUCUAACCUUCCAUGAACGGAGGACUUGGGCCUGUGUUUCGCACGUGCCAAUGGGCUGAUAUGAAAGAUAAAUAACACGUACAUUGACUCAAUUGUGUCGACGUCUGACGUCCUCAGACACGGGCUGUUUUUUUUGCUCUAGGUUGAUUAAACCAAGACAGCCACAUGGAACAUGAACGAUUUAUUGGUCAGACAUCAGAGAAGAUCACAACAGAACAGACGUGUCAAACAACUCUGCUACAUUUUCAGCGGAGACUAGAAUACCAAAGUCAAAGAAGAACCAGAGCUGGCUUCAUCUUGACGGAUCCUUGAAUCUGUGAAAGGUCAGUGGAUCGUUGAUCAGGCAUUGUCCUGCGAUCUACCCCGAGUUGCACUCGUCUUGUAAAAAAAAAAAUAAAAAAUUAUCAGCAUCUAAAUCGAAGGCACUUUGAGGUUCAAGUAAUCCAGGAUCACUCUCUGGGGUCUGUGGGCUUCUGAAGCGAACAAUACCACGACUUAAUGUCCAAAAUUGCAAACAAGCAGGUCAGGCUUGUGGAUUGGCAG